ACUUCAUCCAUCCACGACUCUUGACCUCAACGAGGUGUAAGUAGCACCGCCAUCCUUCCUUUUCGGCCGCUUGACUGUCAGCGGACAGUCGACAUCAUUCUUCAAAUUCUCUCCCGCAUAUCUAAGUUCCCCAAGCAAUACGCGAAACGCCCCUGGAGCAAACAUCCCGUCUCCAGAAUCUCCCAUAAUGUCCGGCAGCGGCGGUUUCUACAAGUACCGGUGCAAGUACUUCUACACCUACAACUGUCCGAAUUGGGUCUACUGCAAUGGCCACGCCUGCGCCAUGUGUCUGGCAAGUCUUUGCCGUGAGGCGGUAGACAACGAGCCAGCAAUGCCGCCGCACUCCCAAGGAUCAACGAGCUGGCCGAGUCAGCAGCAGCACCAACAGCAGGCAUUGCCGUCAACAGAAAUCUGUGUUCCGCAGGCCAUCCACGGCACCCUGCAGUACACUGUCAUGGAGAUCGUCCCUGCCGACGAGACUGGGCCCGGUGCGUACUGGGUUCUGCGGCAGAAGGCUCAUCUGGAAUCGCGGGUGCUUCCGUACAGCAACAUGACGACUAGCGACACGCCGAGGCCGGUCAUGACGGCUGUUGGGGUGCCGAUGCAGAUGGGCUACUGA